AUGGCGAGCUUGACGGCGGCAGUGGCGGUCACCGUCCCUAGAUUCCAGGGUCUGAGAUCUUGUUCAUCUCCGGCGAAGGUAGCGGCGGCAGUGGCGCCGGCGAGACAGGCGGCGUCGGCGGUGGGCGUAAGGGCGUCGCUGAAGGAGGUAGGCGUGGCGCUGGCGGCGACGGCGGCGAGCGCUCUGCUGGCGAGUGGCGCGCUGGCGUUCGAUGUGAAGCUGGGCAACGACACCGGGGGUCUGGAGUUCGUGCCCAAGGACUUCUCGGUUGCGUCGGGGGAGGAGAUCGUCUUCAUAAACAACGCAGGGUACCCACACAACGUGGUGUUCGACCCAGACGACAUCCCCGAGGGGGUCGACGUGUCGUCGAUCUCCAUGGAUGAGGAGGUCCUCCUCAACGGCCCCGGGGAGAAGCACAGCGUUGUCUUGAAAAUCCCCGGCAGCUACAGAUUCUACUGCUCUCCCCACCUGGGCGCCGGCAUGGUCGGCAAUGUCGUCGUCAAAUAG